AGUUAAAGCAUCCACUUUGCGUUCAAUAUUGUUGCAUAUUUCAGUCAGUAUAAAGUGCUUCGUAAUUAAUAACAUGUAAAGUUGGGCCCGUGAAAAAAAAAAAAAAAAUAUUUUAUCGUUAAGGUAAGGCACAAUGCCUGAUAAAGGCAAAGAAGCAGAGAAACCAGAAAAGAAGAAAAGGGCCGCUUCAUCUUGUUCAGACAGUAGCAGUAGUUCCUCCUCUAGAAGUCGGUCUCGUUCCUCGUCCUCUGACAGCAGCUCAUCCGGCAGCUCAGGUUCCUCUCACUCCUCCAGCUCGAGCUCGAGUGGCUCUGACAGCAGCGCAGAGCGUGGGAGACCCAAAGACCAGGCCCGCACACGAAAGAAGUCUGGUGGAGAAUCACCAAAGCGUAAAAAGAGAAGUCCAACUCCUCGGCCAACCAAAGUUCAUAUUGGGAAGCUAACACGCAAUGUUACGAAGGAGCACAUACAGGAGAUCUUUGCAGUGUAUGGCACCAUCAAGCACUUGGAGAUGCCUCCAGACAGGGCCCAUCCAAACUUCUCCAAAGGAUUUGCCUAUGUGGACUUUGGAAGCCCAGAAGAGGCAGAAAAAGCUGUUAAAUACAUGGAUGGAGGUCAGAUUGACGGUCAAGAGGUGACUGCCCAGACUGUGUUGCCGCCCCGCCCAGCCACUCGUCCUGCACGCCGCAGUCCACCACCCCCACGGAGGGGUGGACCCCCAGGGGGCAGGGCCUGGAGACCCUCGCCACCUAGAUAUAGGGACGAGAGGAGGAGAUCACCACCUCGAAGAACUCGCACCCCUCCCCGGAGAAGGUCUAGAAGCAGGUCCCCAGUGAGACGUCGACGAUACAGUCAUUCUAGCUCCAGCUCUUCAAGAUGAACACACCAGACAUAACCAUGACUGCAAGUUGUAAACUAGGUCUUGAAACACGUCUCGAACAAAGUUACAGACGUUGCUUCUGUCUAAAUUCGAGCUGCACAUAGCAUCUUAAGUGGAAGACUCUAGAAGAAAUAGAAACAUGUUGAGAACUUUAAACUUGAAACAUUAUUGCAAACUUGGCUGUAAGACCUUUUCUUAGUUCAAACAUAUUUAUGUUAAUAAUCUGAGAUAGGUUUACCUUAUUAUAAUUUGAAUUUACAAAUUAUUACAUGUAUGUAUAUAUGGAAAUUUAACAAAGGCACGAACCUCAAUUAUGUUUGACACACUCAGUAACAAAGAACAGCUCAAUGUUUGCUUGAAGUGGAUAUUGACCAAACACGUUCUGUUUUAGCAAUGGUGGAUUGUCAUUUAAUACUUUAAUACAUUUAAACAUGCUUUUCUUACAUCAAUUGUUAAGGUGUAAAUACAUUCAGGAAUGUUAAGCAGAGGAACUUUAGUUGAGGAAUGAUGUUUUAAACAUCCACUCCUUUUUAUGCUAAUAAUAAUAGAUUUAUCUAUAAAUAAACAAUUCCAAGGUUUGUUUUAUGUACAUGUCUUCACUUUGGUAGUUAAGAGUACUGUUAGUUACAGUAUUUGAAAUAAUGUACACAAUGCAAGCUUGAAAUAAAAAUAAAUAAUUUGUCACUUAUUAUUUUUUGUAAUGUCUGUUUGAAAUAGUCAUCAUGUAAAUAUUUUUGUGUUACAUGUACAUAUUUCCUACAUUCUUCUUGUGUAAUUGUGAUGUAGUUUUAAUGUAAUAAAGAUGUUUACCUAUA